UGUAGUAGCCCCCGCCAAGCCCACAGAGCCCCUGCCAAGCCAGGAGCGCCUGCGAAGCCAGCCGAGGCCCCAGCCGAGGCCCCAGCAAAGCCAGCCGAGGCCCCAGCCAAACCAGAAGCCCCAGCCAAACCAGCCGAGGCCCCAGCAAAGCCAGCCGAAGCCCCAGCUAAACCUGCGGAAGCCCCUGCCAAGCCCACAGAAGCCCCGAAGACUCCCGAAGCGAAGCCAGCCGAAGUCAAGCCGGAGCCCCCACAGAAGCCAGCCGAGCCCCCCAAGGCCCCGACGCGAAGCAGCAAGCCCUGCGAAGCCUGCAGAGCCCCAGGCCCCGCCAAGCCCCUGCCCCUGCCCUGUUCUGCCCCGCCCUACCCUUGCGCCGCCCCCGCUCCCGCCAGCUCCGCCCUGCUGCCCUGCCUACCGCGCGCCCCAGCGGCCCAGCGGCCCCUGCCGCUCCGCCGCCGCCCGCCCCGCCCUGCUGCCCCUGCCCCUGCCGCCAAGCCGGCCGAGGUCCUCGCGGGGCCCGUGCCCGGCCUGGCGCCCGCCCCGCAGCCCUCGCCCACCGCGCCCGUGCCCAACAUCGGCGCCGCCUUCAGCCCCGCCCUGGACCCCGCCCUCGGCCCGGCCACGGGCGGCAACAAGCCCUCCACGUCGCCGCGCUUCGCCUCCACCUUCGUGCCGCCGGGGCCCGCCCUCGCCUCCACGCUGCCGCCCGCGCCCGUCGAGUCGCCGCAGAAGGAGCCGUCCUCGCCCACCCUCAUGAACCUGCGCGUCAAGGUGGCCCCGCCCGCGCCCGCGCCCGCAGCGCCCGCGGCGCCCCCGCGCCCGCCGCCCCCGGCGCCGCCGCCCAUGACCCCGCCAAGGCCAGCCCGCGCCCCAGCAGCCCGCCUUCCCCGGCUUCGGGCCCGUGCCGCAGCCGGCGCCCGGCCCCGCGCCCGGCCUGGCCCCCAGCUUCAUGCCCAGCCUCGGGCCCUCCAUGGGCCCCGCCCUCGGCGCCAUGAAGGCCCCCGGCCCCGCCCCGCCCAUGGGCCCCGGCCUGGCCCCCGCCAUGGGCACCGCCAUGGGACCAAUCAUGUCGCAUGGACCCCCGGGCGCAGGCCCCGCCCGGCCCGCCCCGGCCCCAUGUUCGGCGGCCCCCCGCCUGCCCCCAUGGGCCCCCCGCCGCCCGUGGGCCCCCUGCCCGCCUUCCUGACGGAGGCGGACGACGACGACGUCAUCAUCCCGCUGCUGGACGAGGUGCUGGAGGACCUCCCGCCGCUGGCCCCGGCCGGCGCCGCGCCCGCGCAGGGCCCGCCCGCAGGAGCCCCGCCGGGCCCGCCCGCCCAGGCCCCAGGGGACCCCCGCCCAAGCCCCAGAUGA